AUGAAACAAACACUCACACCAUCUGUGCAGAAACCAAACGACGGGGGUGCGGGUGUGAACAGUCGCAGUGGCAAUGAGAACAGCAAUCAUCAUCACAAUAACAAUAACAACAACAACUCCAGUGAAGGGCGAGAACCCGUUUCGCAAAUGGAGGAGUUUUACACCUCUAAGCGAGGUCCACUCUUUGCCACUGCCGUCAUUGCGGGAACGAAUGCGGUGAAGCAAACCUCUCAAUUGAUUCCAUUCUGUCAUCCCAUGCGUAUUCAAAAGUGUUCCUUUACAUUCAGACGCCGUGUGGUCUCCUCCCUUCACCGCACAUCUGCACUUCCACACCGUGUGGUGCUGCGCAAACGCACGAGUCCCCCGCCGCCGCCGAGUCGUGCCCGCGGCGAGUGGAGUGUGUUGUAUUGUUUCUGCACCGUCGCGACCGAUGAUGUGAAGGUCGGUGUGGAGAUGGAGGCCCUCACCGGCGCCAACGUCGCCGCCCUCACGCUGUACGACAUGCUGAAGGGACUGCCGGGCUCGCAGGAGGACGGCUUGAGUGUUGGCGAGUCGUUUGUGCUCGCCCGCCGCGGUGGGAGGAAUGACUUCACAAAGUUACUCAUGUCAGAGCCAGAAGGGGGAGUGGCGCAAUUAACACAGGGAGAAAACACAAGGGCUAAUCCAGUAACUUCAUCUUCAUUAUCUUCAUCAUCAGCUGCGGCUGUAGUGGAUGAGGAGGCAGUAACAACGAGGGAAACAACAACAUCAUCAUCAUCAGGAGAUGAUCAUCAGAGCAACAAUAAUGGCAAUCAUAAUAGUAAUAAUAGUGGUAAUAGUAAUAGUAGUAAUAGUAGUAGUAGUAGUAGUAGUAGUAUUGAUGAACAUCUAGUACGGGUAGUUCAACAGAAACAAGUUCCACCAAAAGGGAUUACCGACCCAACGAACAAAACGACUGUAGAGGCUAAUAACUCAAAUAUAGCGAAUGAGAGAGAAGAGAUGGAAGAGAAUAAAGGGGCAUGGUGGAAAUCUACACCACGUGAAAAGCAAUUGCAGCAAUUACACCCACGUAGAAGAUACGAAACAGAAGGAUCCUCUCCUGCUGAAGUUGUGACCCCUAUUCGCAAUGAUAAACAUCCAAAAACAACAACCCCUACUAAGACUGCUGGUAGCGUUAGUAAAAUGAAACUAAAGUCAAAGGCAAAACUAAAAGGAAAAAAUAUGAAGAAACAGAAGAAACAAGUAGUAGCUUCUCCAGCGAAGAAACAUAAAGCGGGAACACAUACUACUGCGGCUACUACUAACACUACUACUACUAGUGCUGCUACUACAGCUAUUUCAGAUGCUUCUGAGGAAGAGUAUGAUGAAGAAGAACAUCUUGUAGAGGAAGAAGAACUAGAUGAUGUCAUUGAAAUUGAAACCAAAAGUGUUGUAAAGCCUACGGGAAAAGUUCCCACAAAGGGCAAGAAUACACCAUCAAAGAAAACCGCUUCACGAGUUGAUGAUACGUAUGAAGAGGAAGAGAAUGAUAUCAAUGAGUUGGAAGAGGAGUCUCAUGUUAAAGCCCAUAGGAACUCCAAAAGAAACAAUCAUGAAGAAAAGUGGGAGGAAGAUGUAGACGAAUAUGAAGAGGAAAUAGUCUCUACAGGAAGGCGUGAGAAAAAACCCACACGAUUGAAACAUGAAGGAGUCACUUCUUCUUCUUCUUCUUCUGCUACUACUACUACUACGCGUAACCAACACGAUAUGGAUGAGAAUGAUAACAACAACAACAACAACAACAGUAGAAAUCACAAGAAGAAUAACAUAGAUGCCAAACAACUUUCUGAUAGGGAAGAAUAUGAAGAGUAUGAUGAUGAUGAUGAUCAGGGUCAAUAUGAAGAGGAGGUGAUACCCGUACGGCGUUCCAAAGCCAACAAGAAAAAACAACAUCAACAACAAAAUAUAUCAUCAUCAAAUUCAGAAUCUCCAUCAGCGCGUCGUAACAAGAAUAGUCAACCGGUAAAACCUGUUAAACAUGACAGUUGGGAUAAUGAGACCAAAAUUGAAUAUGAUUAUGACCAGGCUGAAGAUGAGAUGCAGGAUUACCUUGAAGAGAAUGAAGAAGAAGAAGAUGAACGUCCAAAGAAACGACAAUAUCAUCAACAACAACAACAACAACAACAAUCACAAAAAAAUAGUAAAGCUAUAAAGGGCAGUCGACCACAGCGGCAUGCGUCGCGGCGUUAA